AUGUCAUCGUUUUCUAUUACUCUCACAUUUGCUUUUCUAUUAUGUUUCUGCAACUUAGUCAGUGCUAGUAAUCUUGGUCCCCCGAUUGGAGGUGGUGUUGCUGGUCUUAUCGUAUUAAUACUUGAUAUAAUCGCUAUUAUUGAUGUUCUCCGAUCACCUCGUGGUAUAGUUGGAAAAUUACUUUGGAUUUUACUUAUUGUUCUCUUCCCCAUUGGAGGUCUCAUUAUAUGGUUACUGUGUGGGCGAAAGACAUCUUCAGUAGUUUAA